AGUGUUUCUAGUAAUAGAGUGCACCCGGGUAGGGAAUCUGAACGCACCCUUACAUGUUGGGUUCACUUUUCUGGACCCCGUAUGCGGGGUCCAUGUAUACUACGUCCAUGAUUGGCUCUCACCCGUGGGAACUCAGCCUUAACAAUCGAAUGCGCGUCAAGAGAAUACGGUCUCGAGAGUUUAUCAACUUUGAGGAAAUUUGCAUUUCAAGGCCGGUUUUUUUCAAUGAUAGUUUAAACUUAGAUUUUAACUUAAAUUUUGUUUAAACAAAACAAAUACAUUGAAUAGAGUUUAAACUUGAAUCCAAGUUUAAACUGUUAUUGAAAAAAACCGGCCCUUAGAGAAACUUCUAACUAGCUUUCUCUAUUUGUUUAUUAAUAAACAUCGUACUCGGAUACGUUCGGUCUCUGAGUGCUGUCAAAGCCGGAAAAAUAUUUGUUGCUAUUUGGUGAGACAAGAUCAUUUCGCGAUCUGCGAGUACGUAAAUUCAAAAGGAAAAUCCGCAUUUUCAAAUAUUAUGUACAAAUAUUAUUGUGUAUGUGUGUGAUUUUUUGAUUGCGCGGUGAACAAAGUUCAUAAAAGGAAAAAAGCAUUUCGAUAUUUGAUGAAGCUUGAUUUAUAUUCGUGCACCACUGCGCAAAAAGUAAUCAAAUAUCAAUACAUGACUGACAUAAAACUUAUGGGACGUUUUGUCAGCACUCGAGAUCAUUUUCGUGUAAACAAGUCGACGAAGAUGGACUUUUGAUUAGAGAAAAUUAUAGUCGAGAUAUACUAUGUCGAGCACAGUAAUGGUAGUAAUAUAUACGGCACUGUGCAGGUCGUUUUAAUUAAAGAUGGAGGAGACGAGUAACGAGAAGUUCCUAUCACGAAGACGUUCCGCCGCUUUGAAAGCUUUUAAAGUGAAAGACGAAAGAGUAGCUACCCUUAAGAAGGUAGCAGCAAUUUUGCAAAAGUCCGAAAUAGAAAGGACGGCGGAGGAAACCGGAAUACUAGUUUCGUGCAGCGAUGUAGUGAAGGAGGUUAAUUUACGACAAGAAAAACGAGACAGAAUCAAAGCAAGAUUAGAGGAAGUCGAAGAUGCACCUGAGAUUCUGGAGGAGAAGUGCAUGCGUCUGGCAGCAGCGAUCAGUAGAGCAACAUCGCUGGCUGUGUAUACCGGUGCUGGUAUCAGUACAGCGGCAUCUAUCCCAGAUUACAGAGGUACCAAUGGGGUUUGGACUCGGAUGCAGCAAGGAAAAGACAUUGGGAAUCACGAUCUGAGCCAAGCGGAGCCAACAUUAACACAUAUGGCACUUUAUGCUUUGUACAAAGCUCGAGUACUGAAGCAUGUAGUCUCCCAAAACUGUGACGGAUUACAUUUGCGCAGUGGUAUCCCGCGUAAUUUACUUUCCGAGGUUCACGGGAAUAUGUACGUGGAAGUUUGUAGAGCGUGCAAGCCAUCCAGAGAAUACUGGAGGCUUUUCGACGUUACCGAAAAGACUGCGCGAUAUCAACACCACACAGGAAGAUUGUGUCACAGAUGUAAUUCAAUGUUGCAAGAUUCUAUUGUACAUUUUGGCGAAAGAGGUAGUCUCCCCUGGCCGAUCAAUUGGAACGGGGCAACCAGAGCUGCGAAGCAAGCAGACGUCAUACUAUGUUUGGGUUCUAGUCUGAAAGUUCUCAAGAAGUAUCCGUGGCUGUGGCAAAUGGACAGGCCUGUUCAGAAACGGGCUUCACUGUACAUCGUCAACUUACAAUGGACUCCAAAAGAUGAGAACGCGGUGUUAAAGAUAAACGGAAGAUGUGACGAGGUAAUGAGGAAAAUAAUGAGUCACCUUGGCUUGGAUGUACCGCAGUAUGAUCGUACGAAAGAUCCAAUCUUCUUCCACGCGGUAAAAUUGCAAAGUGGCGAACAGCUCACCACGACUCAGCCGUGUCUCGAAGAGCCACCGAUUAAGAAGGAACCUCUAAGUCAAAGUAGUGACGAGAAUGUAAAGUGUACAGUGCAAGGAACCGGUGAAAAAGAAGAAGAAGACUGCGUGUCGACCGUGACGGUGACUGAUACAACGACUGCCUAUCCAGCGCCAUUUUUUACCGCGUUACCAUUUCUAUCUAUGGGCUUGCCGUUUCCCCCUAUGUACAUGUAUCCUCAGUUGACGCCGGUGUUUUAUUAUCCUUUCAUACAAAUACCGAACACUCCGACGGAAGCGCCAAAACCCAAACCAGCUUGUUCAUUUUGCAUGGAACACGAGGGCUCUCUCUCUUGCUUGUAUUACCAACGUGACGGGGAUUGCUGCGUACCAAACAAAACGGAGAACGAACAAAAGCAGCAGGAAGGUGCAUUGGUUAUUCAUACAGACGCUCCCGUAGCGUCUCCUAAGAAUCCGGGCUGGUUUGGUAAAGGGUGUCGCAAGGGCAUGAAGAAGAAACGGUAGCAUCCGCUCUAUAAUGUAAUCUACGCGGUUAUAACCGGACGCUUCCGCUCUUUGUCGGAGAAUUACAAAAUAACUUUACGUUGUACGAUAUAUGCGUACAUGAGUAUUUCAAGUCUCCAUAUCGUAACUUGCGACUCGUGCACAUUUUGUAGGUUUAUUAAGUAAUUUGAUUCCAGUAUUCGAAGCUUUAACAGAUAGACUGAAAAAUUUUCCAAGUAAUCCCUGGUAAUACUUGAAACUAAGACAAUCCAUUAUUUUUGUCCACUUUACAGCAUAGAUUAUCCUAUUCGUCAGACUUCCAGCGCGGUUUAAGCUCACCUCGCGUAAUCGCAAGCUCUCGCGUAAGCAAGGACCGAGGGGCCGAAUUUGAACUCGAAAUAGUCACAGGCGAUUGGUCGCUGACAAAUCAAAUCGAAUGUCUGCGUCGCUGAGGCUACAAAUCUCUCAGGUUGCAGUCCACUUGUCAUUACGAAAUAUCAAUCGUCUUACAUCCUUUGACCGCUCGUACAUCAAGUCGUUGAAGAUUCCAAGCGUUUGGAAUCUUUGUUUACUCUCUUUUCCCGACAUUUAAAUAUUUAAUACGCGUUCGAUGGCAUAUAAUUAUGGCAGUAUAUAUAAAUAAAAAAAAAUAUAUAUAUAUACAUGUGUGUGUAUACACACACACACACACACACACAUACACAAUCUGUAGACUGAAUUGUUUUUCUCAAGAUGUUAACAAAGUAUGCGUACAGAGAACUCGAUUCCGGGUCAGAAGUGAGACGCAAAUUCUAGGGGCGCGUCAACGAGAUCGGGUCUGACCUAAUAAUUUGCCAAACAUUGCGUACCGUAUUGCGUGUAACGAACGCUUCCUGUCUCAUUUGUCGCCAGGUUACGACGGAUAAAGUAAUACGCGGAACGUCUCAGUAAGAAAAAGAUGAUUAAACCAGGAAUAAAUUUAUUUUUAGAACGUAUAAACACGAGCGUCUAAUUUGUCGGUACUUACGUAUUGUGUAAGAUAAUUUUGUUGACAUAUAUAUAGAUGCCAUUUAUAUUAUAAGUUAUAUAUUAUUUAUAACUAAAAACUGCACAUAAAUACAUCUUUAGUAUGUGUCAAAAUUAAAUCGCAAUAAAUUCACACAUAUCCAAAAAUA